GUUCCAGUCGUAUACAGAGAUAAAAAGCAAAAGAUCAAUCGCAAAGUGUAAACAGAGACAGUUGUGGCUUGUUUGCACGAAUGAAUAAUGUACAUAGGUUCGACGAAGCUGGCAACUUGCCCCUUAACAAGAAUCGUUAUUUUGGUGUUGUAUGUAACCACCCUUCAACCUACUUCCUCGCUUGCUACUUUAAAUGCAGACGGUGUUGAUAAGUACGUGAUAACGAGAAGAGAUAGAUAUGGUACCGACCUGUUCAAGGUUCUGUACAAAACUGGCUUCCAAUGCCCCUCACAUGUUUGUGUCAACACCUCGGCUUUGGUAAACAAUACCACACCAUGUAGCUGUUCGUGUAAUAUCAACACUCAAACCUUCCUCCCGGAAUUAGGCAGUUGUGGUGAUACAGCUAGUAUAAAAAAAAUGCUGUUUGGAGAUUGCUCAGAAGCACUUGGUAUGGAAAGUAGGAAAAUCAAAAAUUCCCAACUAAAGUCCUCUCGUAGUUUUCCAGGUUUUAGUCCUUCUGAGGGAAGACUAAAUAAUGAUAAGGCCUGGUGUGCUAGAUAUUCUACUGAAGUGUUUUUAGAGAUUGAUUUACUUGAGGUCAGGCAUGUCUCGGCCCUUGCAACUCAAGGAUUCAAAAGGCAAUUCUUCAACUAUGUUAAAACAUUUAACAUAAGGUACAGUUAUGAUGGCAAAACAUGGUUUGAUUACCAAGAUGACAAUGGUGGAACAAAGGAAUUUACUGGAAAUAAUGACACAGACACCAUUAAGUACAAUUACUUCAGAGGGACAUUUGAAACAAGAUUCCUCAAAUUAUAUCCUAAAGACUAUAACACAAGAGCAAAUAAAUGUCUCAGAGUGGAGGUAUAUGGAUGUAAAGACAAUGCUGUUUGCUCUCGUUUCUUUGAGUGGCCCUUUUUUCUGAAAUCCCUCAACCUUGCAAAGGAAGGACAUGUGAAUAUAAAUUCUGCUGAUAGCUAUCAAAGCUGUCAAGUGGUUCCUGGAAGUGCAGCAUACUACAAAUAUCAACUUGGAAACAAGUGGAUGGCAAUAAACCAAGACAUCUUUAAAGUUGAAGAAGUACAAGGCAAACUAGUUUUUAAGUGGGCAGAUACCACAGAUGAAAACAUUUUGGGAAGGAUUGUACAAAUAAAGGUCACUUGUAACUAUUCAGCAGUGGCAUCUAGACCACCUAAAACUGCUUGUCUGAUUUUCAAGACCUCAGGACAAAUAAUUUUGGAUCUAAGCACUACGGCAAAGACAACACCAUAUAUUCCUUUAGUGACCACAGCGACUUCCGAGUUGCAGAUGUAUUUAGUGACAGAACCUGUUGAAGACACAGAUGAAAAAGACACAAGUACGAAUGGAAGCAGCAGUGGAUCUGGAGUUUUGAUUGGUGUUGCUGUGGCAUGUGCAGUUGUGUUUGCAAUUAUCCUUAUUCUCCUCGUUGUAUUUUGCAAGAGGAGAAAAUUGAGUCGAAGGAAACGAAAAAAGCACACAGCAAGGCUUCAUGUUGGUAAGUUUUAUUACUUUCUCUUGCAUGUCUAUUUCGUUCGUCUCCCUUAAACAUGCAUAUGCUUGAUAUGAUCUAUUCUGACUUAUUUUUUGAUUGUAUUAGGUAAUGCAUUCUCUAACCAAGAGGAGGAGGUUAUAAUACCCUUUCCCCCAUCUGAAGGCCGACGAGCUGUUGGUGAAGCAGUUUAUGCAGAAAUAGGAAGUCCGUCGUGCGAGGAAUAUACACUCUUGAAACCUGCACCUGAUAGAUGUCGCUCAAAGUAUCAAAAUCUGAUCAAGCCUAAAGAAGAUCAUUCUGGUUACUUAAUUCCACUGGAAGUAACAGGAUCUGCCGAUUGUCACCCAGAUGGAGCUAUUCUCAGCGAAGUCCAAAGUCCAAAGCCGCCUCAGUA